AUGCCUCAGUACCCUGGCAUGAAUUUGUACAAAGGCAAGAUUUGCCACUCGUCAGCCUGGGAUGAAUCAUUUGAUGCCACCGGUAAGGCGAUCGCCACCAUCGGUGACGCCCGCCUUGCAGAAGGUGGCAAAGCACGUCGACCACUACGCUCGGAGUCCGACGUGGAUUGGGGUCGCCUUCACACCAGAUCUAAAGGAACGUCAGGAUGGCCCUAUAUAUAUAUUAGCGAGGAAGCCAAGGAAGCGUUCAAGGACGAGGAGACGUACCUAUGCUACCGCAAGAAGAUCGAAGAUGGCUUCUACCGAACCUUUGAAGGCAUCCUUGCAGACUCGACGACGAGCAGUAAUCUGCCGAACAAGUUCACAAAGCUCAUGAAGGACCGCCUGGACAAAGUUGGUCGAGCAGAUCUCUUGCCAAAGCUUACGCCGAACUUCCCACCUCACUGCCGCCGUCUCACACCCGGUCCAGGCUAUCUCGAAUCACUGCCCAAAGACAACGUAACACUGAUCCAGACACCAAUCGAGAGGUUCUACGUGGACGGCAUCGUGACCACCGACGGUGUGCAGCGCCCAGUAGACGCUGUAAUAUGCUCGACGGGCGCCAACACGGACUGUAUCCUCCGGUAUCUAUCGUGGCAGGCGACUGAUGUCUCCUCAGAGAGCAAGUUUGGAUUCCCGUAUAGCUACCUUGGAACCGGUGUGCCGGGCUUUCCCAACAUGAGCUUCAUCCUUGGGCCUAAUCCAGCUGGUCCAACCGGAACUCUGGUGAACUCGGCGGAGACGCAGAUUGCAUACAUUGCCAAGAUGCUCCGAAAGAUCUCAUUGCAAGGCAUCCGCACGAUGACACCCUCGAAAGAGGCAGCAGAUGAUUUCGUAGAGUCGGUUCUAGAUCCAGAUGUCACGGUGUAG